GGCAAAAAAAAGGGGACAUUUUUUUUUUUCCAUCCAUGGCCUCUUUUGGAUAUUUCCUGUUUCUCUGUGGGCUGAGUCAAGCGAUGUCAAGUUACCCAAUCUGGUGGUCCUUGGCCAUUGGUCACCAGUACUCGUCCCUGGGAACUCAGCCCAUCCUCUGCGGCAGCAUCCCCGGGCUAGUCCCCAAACAGCUGCGCUUCUGUCGAAACUAUGUGGAGAUCAUGCCCAGCGUUGCCGAAGGUGUCAAGAUUGGGAUUCAGGAGUGCCAGCACCAAUUCCGCGGGCGGCGGUGGAACUGCACCACGGUCAAUGACAGCCUGGCCAUCUUUGGGCCUGUUCUGGACAAAGGUGAGUGCAGAGCCAUGUGGGUAAGAGGUGACGGUGUCCAUGGCCUAGCCGAGGAGAUGGCCAUCAACACCCUGUUCACUCGUUGGGAAGAGGAGUGA